GAAAUUUUCAUUCUGCACAGUUGGCAUUAAACAUAUGGGAAAUUAAAAAAAAAUUGUUUCUUUUUGGUUGGCUUUUGCUUAUCUAUCGUAAAUGAGUUAUAAUGAGAAUGUUGAAAAUUUUCGAAAAAUAUAAUGGAAGAUUCGUUUUUUAAUUACAAUACUUCGCUCAAGGGAGGUCUGAACCCGAGGAAUGGUGAGCCCCUUUUACCUGAAGAAGAUGAUGAUGACACCUAUGAAAAUGAAGAAGAUUAUGAUGCAUUGAAUGAUGAAACUUUUGGUGCACAAUCAAAUUUAGACGAUUGGGAGCAGCAGCAUGAAGAAUUUGCUGAGUUCAAUGAGAGCAGCAGACAAAAUGAGAAGCUUGAAAACUCAAUAUCCCAGUUAGUAUUGGAAGAAUCGUCAGAUGAAGAGCCUCCACUGGAAUUGUUAACCUUCCCAAAAAAUUCAUCAGUUUGGGCUUAUACUCCUACAACAAAGAAUGGAGUACUUCCUAAUAAUCCUGCUUCUGUUUUGUCAUCUUUACAAAAUGUAUCCAAAUCAUUUAUUGAGUCCCAAACACCUCACACUGUACUUGCCUACUUAAAUAGUCAUGUCCCGCCAGGAUUUCCAAGUCAGCCAGGAAAAAUUUGUACUGUUGAGGAAUUGGAGAAGAAUUUGAUAAAGAAUUCACAGCAAAAUGCUCAAAUUCAACACAAACAAGCCCACUUACAAAAUCAAGUCACACAGAACCAGAAUAGUUUGCAGCAAGCUCAGGACCAACAGAGGCCUUUACUACCUUUGUCUCACCCUUCGCAUCCCUAUUUGCUACAACAUCCAAAUGCCAGGUUACCACCGCCAGGUUUGCCACCCCUAAAUAUUCCUCCACCUAAUCUGCGCCAUUUACCACCACCAGGGAUCAAUCCCAAUCAUCCUUUGUUUGGAUUGAGGAUGAUGCCACCCCAUCCCCAGUUCAUGCCUCUCAACGGCAUUCAAAGACCUCCGGGUUAUGGUUUUCCAUUACCAGUUAAUCAUCCCUUCAAUUUUCCUCCGCCACCGAAUCUUAAUUCUGGGCCACCUAUGCCCAAUCAAAUGAAAAAUAUGGCUGCGCAAAGACAGAAUCAGAUGCAACAGCACCAGCAGCAAUACUCGCCACAUAGACAGCAACAAAUGCAGGGGCAUCCUAGGAUGAGGCACGAUAGUGGAAAUUAUAGGCACAACAGAGAUUAUGAUGACCGAGAUGAAUAUUCUGGUCUUAUGACUUCAAAGGACAAACAAUGGUUGUUGAACAUCCAAAUGAUCCAGCUCAACACUGGAACACCCUAUUUUGACGAUUACUAUUACACUAUCUAUAAAGAAAGAAGAUCCAAGAGUCAGAGAGAAAAUGUGCAUAAUAAUGAGAGAAAUGGACGAUACCAAAAUAAUGGCAGACAAAGGAGAAAUAGUGAAAGACAGGAUAAUAAUAAUUUGACACCUAGAAUUUAUACUCCUUUGCAGUUUGAAAAUUCAUUGGGGAAAUUACAAUGUGGUUCUGUAACAGCUCCAAGAAAGAUCAUAGACAUGGACAUUGUACAGCCAGAAAAGGACCAAGACAUACCUCCUCCUGCAAAAGAUUCAAGAAAAACUAAGCAGUAUUUGCUUGAAUUAGAAUCUCUGUAUUCUUUACUUUUACGAGCCGAAGACAUCAAAAAUCCAUUGUUUAUUAGUAACAUGGAAAAACAUCGAGAAAUGAAACAAAAGCAGAGAUUAAGGGAAUUGGAACAAGCUCCCACUCCUGAACAAAAGCAAGAAAUCCUUAAACUAUUCAAACUUGAAAGUGAGCCAAUAGUGGAAAACCAACAUGACUACAUUGUAAAAAUUUGCAAUGGUUUUGUUCAAGAGGACAAGUUUGCUAGUUUUUUGAAUAUAAGGAAAGGAAAGAUGCUUUUACUAAGAUUAUUGCCCCACCUAUCUUUGGAAUAUUUCAGUACACAACUUCUAGAAAUAUGGAGUAAAGUGCUAUUAAGUUUGCCUUUAACAGGACGCAGAGAUACUGCUGGUGAUAAUAUUUUACCCAAGCUAUAUCCUUAUUUUAAACGAUUCGUCCAAACAUGCACAAUGUCAGAAAUUAUGGAUAUGAUCUCCGGCUUGAUGGAGAUGGUUAAACAAGAAAACAGCAGGAGUACACCUUUGAGCCAUGCAGGAAAGGCUCCACUUUAUUUCGUGGUUCUAAACAAGUUUGGUGUCUCAGCCCUAAUUUGCUUCCUAAUGCGAGCGGAACAAAUUUUCUCAAUAGUGGAUCCCACCGAAAAACAACAAAACGCCUGGACCGAAUUCCUCGUAGCAUGGGUGAAACACUCUGAAAGCGUAAGCAAAGUUGCUGUGCCGCUUGAAGCUAUACCCGCCGAUAUUUUUGAAAAUCACGUGGACAGAUUUCCCAAAAUUACUCCAGACAAACGGGCUUCGUUGGAAAAGUUCUUUGUGGACGUACACAUUUUGAUUUAAGAGAGCUAACAUGAUUGUUUUGAAGUACAACAACUUUCGGUAAGGUUUUUAAUUUUAAGGAUUCAUUGUUAAAUGAUGUUUUUUUAAUUGUUGCAUCUUAUAUUGACAUUGAAUCAUUUUAAGCUUGCAAAUUGCAGUAAUUUUUUUGUUAAAUAACAGCCAUCCCUUGAAUAUUUUACUUUCGAUGAGCUUAGUAUAGUAAAACUAUGUUUUAGUGUUAAUAUUUUUAUAUUAGAGACUUUUGGCAAUUCCUAAAGUAACAUGUUAAAGCCUUUUUACGUUUUUUUAUUUUUUUAAGCACGAUUAUUUAAUCAAAUUGAUUUUUCUCAUAAUACGAGGAGGAAAAGUUGAAUUAAAAAUAAGGCUAGCAACCAAUAAAGGUUGUAAAAAAAUAUAAUAAGGUUUUUUAAGAUCUUAAAAAUUAAUGAAAACUCGUAUUAUUUUAAAUGUUUUCAUUAAUUAGUUUCAACAUUGUUAUAAAAAAAAAGAACUUGUUAAUUAAUUUAGAGCCAUAUUGUUUAAAGACUAUUGCCAAAAUUUGUAAAAUGGGAAUUUGUACAACCUAUAGACUAAGUAUUUAUUUUUUUCUCUAUUUCUUUUGUGAAGCUUCUGCUGUGAGUUCAUGAUUUGAAAUAAGUAUUUAUGUGAAUUAAAAAAAAAAACUCGACUUGGAAAUGUUGACUUGUUUAGCACCUGCCUCUAUUUCCUGAAUAAUUAUUGAUAAUAGAAUGUGCUGUUUUUUUUAUUUCAAAGUAAUGAAAUUUUUGAAAAGCUGGCAAUACUGAUGGCCUUAACUCAAAAUAUAUAGUUGCGAAAAGUCUCUAUAAAAGCAAAUACAUAUACAUAUUAUUGCUUGAAAAUCAAUAAAUCAAAUUUUAUUAUUUUACAUAUUUUAACCAAAAAAAUACACUUACUGGCAAAAAAAUUGGACAAAAGUUAUUUAGAGGUGUUUUUUUAAUUAAUUACUAACUUGGUAUAAGCUUUAUAAGAGACGCCAAUCGAAAUGACAGAUCCUCUGUUAAAAGUGAGGGUGAAAAGAUUUUUUUAUUUUUAUCACAUAUCACUCACCUUCUCAAUACCAUAUUUCAUCCAUUCACUACAAAUCUGGUUCAGUUUUAAAAAGUUUACCCUACUCCUCUGUGUGGGUCUUAUUGAAACAAAGAUGAUUCUGUUUUCAUUGUUGAUAAUAUUAAAUAGAGAUUCUAAACAAUUUGAAAAUGUUUUAAAAUAAAGAUAAUAAAGACAAUCCGUGCCAAUAGUAGUGGGAAAAUCUUUAUUCCUACGAUUUCAAGGAUUAAGGUCCUGAACACUAAUUAUUCUUCUUGUCAAUAAAGCUCAUUUUGAUAAAGAUUACCCCUGACAGCAUUGAUUUUGCAUAAUAAACAAUAAGAAAUCAUGAAAAAUGUAUGAAAUUUUCAAGUGUCCCAGUUGUUUUGCCAUACAGUGUAUUAUUAAUUAAUAUUAUUAUGACUGUGCUUUCAUCCUUAAAGUAGUGUCCCAUUAUUUUUUGAGAUAUUUGUCGUUUUUUUUUAAACUAUUUAAUUACUUAUUAAUAAAAAAAGAAGUUAUCCUUGCAUUUGGUGUUUUUAAUUGUUAAAUUGUUUUUACUUCAUCUCAAAAUUGAUGAUUUUGUGUAGAUACAAAAAGAUGGUUUCAUUGAUUAAUAUAUUUUUUUGAAAGCUUGUUAAUAAGAGUUUCUAAAGUUUGAUUAAUAGUCUCCUAUUCAAAUUAUUGUAUGAGAAUGAAAUGAUCAUUAUAACUAUUUUUGGGUUAUAUUUUUAUUAUUAAUCAGGCUUUGGAUAUUAAUUUCUCUGGUCUCGAAUGCAUAUGUUUCUAGUAAGGACCGGGGAAUCAGCGAUCUUUUUUUAAACGAUUAUGUAAGAUUAUUAUAUAUAAUUUUUACGUUAAGGUGAUUUUAAAGAUAUCAAAAAUAUGUUGGAAAGAUAUCAGUCUAUAAAUAAAUGUCUUUUUUUUUUCUCUGUCAAAAAUAGGUAGUCAUUGAGAAUUAUGUGGAAAAUUUUAAACCUUUUCUUUUAAGCCAAUCAAAGGCACUUUUCUUGAAGCUUUUCCAUGACAACUGGACAUUUCUCCUUGGUGGAUAGUUGGAAAUUUUAUUCACACAGCAAAUUCGCAUGGCUGGUAUUUUUAAUUCAUGUCUGUCAGGGUCAGGUUUUGAAAUACAUACUGAAAUUUUGGUUUAAAAUUUUCUUACUUAAUUACAAGUGAAAACCAGAUAAUAAAGCAAACAGAUUAGAUUUAGAUA